UCAAGAUUCACGGCGGCCGCCUCCAUCGCAGCGCAGUCAGUGACUAUUUACACCCAAUGUCUCUUCACAGCACCCGGUGAUCAACGCGUCUACCACUCGUCACUGAUGCGCAGGUUCUCUACUUAAACCGAUCCCUUUAUCCUAGUCCGCGAAAUGUCUUAGGUUGCCGGAAGCCAAACUUCUACCAGACGCGCAACCACGUCUUCUCACUAGCAACCAUGGCGCCGGCGCCACGGACAAUUAUCGAAGAUGAGGAGGAGUUUCUUAAUGAUGUGGCAGAGUUCCACAAACGGCGGGGGACCACCUUCGACCGUGAGGGCAAAGUUAGCGGACGUCCCAUCUCCCUGCACAAAUUGUACAAACUGGUGAUGGAAAGAGGCGGCUAUGAUCCACUGUCCGCUGAACGUAUGGCCUGGAGAACGAUUGUCCGUGAAUUUGGCUUUGGCAAAACUCACGAGGCGGUUAUGACAUUUCAACUAAAAACCGUUUAUUACAAGAACCUUGCUGCGUAUGAAAUUGCGACCUAUUGGGGCGAGGAGCCACCUCCAAAAGAGAUUCUCGAGGAUCUUAGUGCAAAGGGAGGCAACCUUCGAACACGAACCCUUGAGAACUACCCUGUACCCAGCUCUCAGGCCGCUGAGGCCGCAAUGGCCGAUGGAGGAGAGACUGCAGAUGAAGAGCACGCAACGCCCAAGCGGCAGAAGACCGAGGUCGAGGAGCCGGAAAGCGCAAGCCGUAAUGCAGCACGACAACUAAGGCAAGACCCGAAGCGCACCCAAAUAUUUCAGCCAGACAUUCAACCGCAACGCUCUCGAUCUGUCCGUGCGACAGACUCUCCCGCCGCGCAAUCUGCACCACCACCGACCUACUCCAACAAUUCGAACGAUCCUCAUAAUCCAGCCUUUGACUGGUUUGAUAAAUACGAGCCACGCCCCGGAGUUGCGUUGACUCUUCGUCAAGCUCGGACCCCGGCCAACGAUCCUCUUUACUACGCUCAAAAGGCUCAAGCACAAGCAGCUGUCAAGAACCGGGCGUCAGUGGAUCUUCAGAAAUACUUCAGAUCUCUAUUACCGACCGCCAUGGCGGGGCCAGACAUUUACAUGCGGUGUCUCAAUGGCUUGCGAUCCGGCAUCCCUGAACAGCAGCAGUUUGCUCUGCAUCACAUGGUUAAAAUGUCAUUUGAGCGGGGUGACAAAUACAAAUGCGAAACAUUUCCAGGUCUCGCCGAGGGUCUGAUCGAAAAGGCCUUGGAGAUUACGGUGCUGGCAUUCGGUGUAGAAUGGCAGAUUACCUACGACGAAGACAAAGAAGAUUCGCCUAUGAAUGUCCUGAAUGGGGCUCUUGGGACCUCUGACUUACUGCGCCGCAUCGAAACCCUGAUGCCCAAGGUGGAUUCCACAGAAGUCAUGGAUAAGGAGUCUGCUGAGAAGCUGGAGAGGCUAAAUGAGGCUGUCUGGGUGCUGCGUAACUUGGCUAUGCUUGAUGAUAACGCCAUCUUUCUAUCCAAGCUGCCUUUGCUCAAGGACUUCCUUGUUGUCGCGCUGUCUAUCCCGGACCAACCGCAAUUCUCAGAAUUCAGACGGACAACCCUGGAAAUAUCCGAGCAAGUCACCAGAUAUUGGCCAUUAAGACCAGGCGAUCCUUUGUAUCUCACACUUCUUCAACACCUCAACUCCUUUGACCGCGCGGUGCUUCUGUCUGCGAUACGAUCAAUCAACAGAUUCGGGAUUGCGACAGCCGAACCUCAGGAGCUGACGCAAGUGCCCAUGGCUGUCUUUGAGAGAAUGCUGUCGAUCAUCUUCGGAGGUGGAGAUGACGAGCUCUUGGAGAAUGCGAUGACAUUCAUCUAUGCCUACACAGCAUUGCCUGAAAACAACCGACAGUUGCUGUCAAGUGACAUCCACUACUUCUCACGCCUAAUUCCUCACUUAGUUGAGCUUGUCACACAUGCUGCAGAGUCCAUGGUGUUAACCUACCCAGCUCCCGCGGAAGCCCGCAAGGACGCGAAACGGGUAGUGGAGGUGAUUCCUAUCCCCGUCAUCCCUCCUGAGCUACACGCCCAUCUUCUUCAGUUUAUUGAACCUGAACGCUCGUCUAGAUGGCUGCGUUGCUGCUUUGAGGAGUCACCCGGCGAUGAUGUCACACAAAUCGCUAUCUGGCAGGCAUACUCCUCACGAUUCCAUCAGAACAAUCCAGUGCAAGCCGCAGAAUUCAUUAAGAACGUCUCGAGCACCUUUUCGAGCGCCCAAGCCCAGGUCAUCAACGGUCCUACCCCACGCUUCAUCAUCAGAGGUAUCAAGCCACGCAGAGUCCUGCUCGAUUUACAUGGCCGUCCCAUGUUUCAGUGCUUGUGGCAGGUUCAACACACGGAUCCGAAUUCUGGUGCGGCUACCCAACAGCUUUGCAGCUCCUGGCACUCAACUCGCGACAGACUCUGGACACAUAUAGUGGCAGACCAUCUAAGACUUCCAAAAGAUCCCAAAGGAGGUUUCAUCCACUCGAGUACAGGGGCGCCUAGUUCGUCCAACUUUAUGUGUCGUUGGGCCAAAUGCAGCAGACGAAGUCCCAUGAAGGACAGUCUUGAAUUCAGCUCCCAUAUUCGGACCCAUAUCCCUGAUACUCCUGAAGAAAUGGCUAAGCUGAUCAACGCUCAUGAUGAUGACGUGAAUCCUCCGGAGAAUCCCUCCCCAAUCGAGCAUCAGAUGGUCAAGACGACUCUGGACGAGACCGGCCGUCCUGCAGGUGUUCCUAUGCUCAGUGUUUUCAUCAUGCGCAAUUUGGCACGUUUUGCUAACCGACAUGGUGAGGCCUUUGAGAAGGAUGGCGUCCGGCUCAACCGCAUCUUAUUCGGUAGUCAGAGAUACGCGCUGUUCUCGUUGAUCAGCAAGCAUCGGACCUUGAGAGAUUAUCUUGCGGACCUUGUCCAUAUGAUCGAUCAUGCCGAUCAACAAGAAGAGCAACAUGGUGCAGAUGGAGGCUAUGAAGACGGAGAUGUCAUCGCAAAAUCAGGAUGAGCCUGUUUUUGGCGAGGUUCUCCACAUUUUCUCUCGACAUGGAGUUGCUGGAUUACUAGAUUGGCAGCAAAACGGCGUGGCUGUGUUAGUCGGGAUGGCUCGUUAGGGGAACAGCCACCAGGCAUGGGUGAUUCACGAAUGUACGGUUAACGGCGAAUUUUUCGGGUUUGCUGAAUUUCAAGUUGGCGGAGAGCCCAACUAUGGCGCAAACAAGGUGCCAGGAGCCAGGUGCAAAUGCACGGCUUAUGUGAGAUUUGAUUUGCUUUAAAUGAAAAAGCAUGAUUUGCAGCUUUAGCAUGGUGUUUUGCAAUGAUCCAUGAUACCUGGCAAUCAGCUAGACGUGGCGCCGGUCGACCAUGAGCGUCAGGUUGAGCUCGUGCAUCGUAGGGGGCAAGGCUGUCUACCCCUUUCUAAACCUCGUUCCCAUUUCCAAUCACAUAUCUGGG